AUGAGACUGCAAGAUGUUGAUGGAAAAAUGUUGAAAUAUUUUGCAAAGAGGCCUAGGAGUUCAAUUGAAUCGUCUAGUGUUCCGAAUGAAGAGUCUACUCCUGCACCACAACCACCACCAUCUCCUCCUCCUCCGCAAAUUUUAUUUGAAAAUAUUGAAAAUCUGAGUAGUGAAGUAGAAAUUGUUGCUGAUCAUGGUUUACGAAAAUUGAUUGAAGAGUAUGAUGUUGGUGCUAGAGAUCGGUUUGGAGGAGAUGAUGUGUUUACGAGAUCUGGUUUCAUAAAUUGGAAAAAAGCAAUUGAAAAAUUCAAUGAGCAUGUAGGUGGAGCUGGUAGUGCGCACAAUGAGGCAAGAAUACAGUUUGAGGGUUUCAAGAAUCAAAGACAAAGUGUGGAGUAUUCACUUUCAUCGGGGAAACAUGAGCUUGAAGUUGCUUAUCGCAAACUCUUGACUUCCAUUUUAAAAGUAAUUCGAUUUUUGUUGUUACAAGGAUUGCCUUUUCGGGGACAUGAUAAGUCUUCCACAUCAUCCAAUAGAGGAAAUUUUUUAGAAUUGCUCAAAUGGUAUAGCUCAGAGUGUCCAGAAGUUGUGGCAGUUGUUGGAAUGAAUGCACCAGGAAAUAAUCAAAUGAUUGCCCCAAAAAUUCAAAAGCAAUUGGUGAAUGCUUGUGCAGUUGAGACCACAAAUGCUAUUCUAGCUGAUCUUGGAGAUAGGUGGUUCACUUUACUACUUGAUGAGGCUCGUGACUGUUCAGUGAAAGAGCAAAUGACAGUUGUUAUUAGAUAUGUGAACAAACAUGGAGAGGUGAUUGAACGAUUUAUGGUUGUAGUUCAUGUUGCAACAACUACAGCUGCUUGCUUGAAAGAGGCAAUUGACUCUUUAUUUGCUAAGUAUGGUUUGCCAGUGGCGAGAUUGAGGGGUCAAGGAUAUGAUGGUGCUUCAAAUAUGUCUGGAGAAUUUAAUGGCUUAAAGUCACUGAUAAUGAUAGAAAAUCCGUAUGCAUUGUAUGUUCAUUGUUUUGCUCAUCAACUCCAGCUAGUGGUUGUAGCUGUUGCUCAAGUAAAUCAAUAUGUUUGUGAUUUCAUGUGGAUUGUUGGUCCAAUUGUGAACACAUCUGCAUCAUCUUGCAAAAGGGCCGACAAACUUCGACAACUUGAACAUGACAGAAAAGUUAAACUUCUUGAAAGAGGAGAGAUUAGUUCUGGUAGAGAACUAAACCAAGAAACUAGUCUAGCUAGACCUGGAGAUACACGAUGGGGGUCUCAUCAUUCAACUUUAUAUCGUAUUGAACAAAUGUGGCCAUCUGUUAUAGAGGUUCUUCAAAAUUUGAUUGAUGAUGAUGAUCGUUCUUCUAAGGGUUUAAAUAGAACUUUAGUUGAAAGAAUGGAGAGAUAUGAAUUUGUGUUUAUUCUAUUAUUGAUGAAACGUAUAUUGGCAAUCACAAAUCAUUUGUCAACCGUUCUACAAGAGAAAGAUCAAAAUAUUGUGAAUGCGAUGCGUUUGAUCAAUAAUGUAAAAUGCAAAUUGCAAAAGUUGAGAGAUUCUGGAUGGGAUAUUUUACUUGAGGAUGUGAAGAAGUUUUGUAACACUCAUUCCAUUGAAAUGAUUAAUAUGACAGAUAACAUCAACAGCCGUAGCCGUUUGAAGAGAGAUGAAAAAAAUGUUAUCGAUAUUAUUCUACAGGAGAUGGAUAGUCAUUUCUCUGAAACAACUACAUAUUUGUUGAUUUAUAUGUCAUGCCUUGAUCCUAGGAACUCGUUCUUUAGAUUUAAUGUACAGAAGUUAGUGCGUCUAGCUCAUUUUUAUGAGGAUGAUUUUUCUUGGAAUGAGCGUAUGUUGGUUGAACAAGAGCUUGAAACAUAUAUUGAUGACAUCAAAUCAGAUGAACGAUUUGAAGGCAUUUCAAAUUUGGGAGCUCUUGCAAAAAAAAUGAUUGAAACAAUGAAGAACCGUGUAUUUCCUUUGGUUUAUCGGAUGAUGGAGCUAGUCUUACUUCUUCCCGUUGCUACUGCAACCGUUGAAAGAGUGUUUUCGACAAUGAAUAUUGUCAAAAUAGAUUUGCGAAACAGAAUUGGAGAUGAAUGGAUGAAUGAUAGUUUAGUAGUCUAUAUCGAGAAAGAUGUUUUUAAUACUGUCGACAAUGAGCCAAUUUUACAGCGUUUUCAGAACAUGGAGUCUCGAAGAAUGCAAUUAUCACGUAUUCGUUAG